AUGUUCAACCCCGAUGCUGAUACCAUCGAUAAAAUAUGUCUGGCCUACGAUAUUUUGUGGUGUAUUGGUACUUGUUUAUUCGCCCUGGCUGGAUUACUGAUAAUCAAUCACCCUGAUGCUAACAAACGCUACAAGAUUUUGCUGAUCAAUAUAAUAUUGGCGUGCCAAACUGCCGAUACAGCGGCUACACUGGCAAAGAUGAUAAUUCCGGCGCCGUUGAUAGCGGUGCGAUUUCUGAAGCUAGAGGUUCACCUAUACAUUUACACAUUGAUUAUCAACGUCUACGGAAUGUGCGUCGUUUGCUCUGCUGUACUACUGCUCCAUUCCGGCAUCACCAAGUCCGACAUUAGUCAACGUCAUUCACUCGUUGGCUACAGACGUUGCAUCCUGCCCGGUGUCGCUGUUUUUUGUGGUUUUUAUCUAUCGGCGAGUCUCUGGGACCUUUAUGCCAUCGGUGGGAUGGUUCUGGACCCGGCAGAGAUCUGUCGUCUGGAACCCGUACUGUGCAACCAGGUGGGAGUGAUUGCACUACGUUUCCCGUUUCAUAUAUAUUGUUUGAUCUAUGGAUUUGGGGUAGUGUUGAUAGCCAUUGCACUCGGCUACGCUUGGGCUAUCCACGCGCUUCGUGCACGCGUCCCCAAAAACAUCUCGACCAAAACUAUGAAAAUCCUUCGGGUCUAUGAUUUGAUUUUCUUGCUGCAGACAGCGGCCUUUGUUUGUGUAUUUUUCAUGCCUUUCGCUGUAAACCUGCUAUGGGUGUCGGGGCUCAUCCAGAAUGAAGCGAUAUAUUUCGUGGGUGGGAUGUGCCCAUUUACGGCUUGCAUGCAUUCAACUACCAACAGUCUGUCCAUUAUAAUACCAAUGUUUCCUGGAAAUUGGCGACACGCUCAAAUCCGGCUGAUAUGCAUUGCAUAUAAUAUUUCGUGGACGCUGACCACGGCAUUUUUCAUCGUUGCCGUCUAUUUGACCGCGACACAUCCGGCCGCGACAACCUACUAUAAGGUUGUGCAAAUGAACCUCUUGUGCGCUUGCGAAGCGACCGAUACGCUCGUUUCAAGCAUCAAAAUUAUUGGCCUCUCCCCACCAUUGGGU